AUGAUAAUGGCAGGUGACAACAUUGAAGACACCCGAGGUUUUGACAAUCAUGAAAAACCGGAAAAGUUGGACUGCUGUUUGUACCCAAAUGACGACGAGCUGCUGGACCCAGUGGAAAUUAAUUGUCCUGAGUUUCAGUUUUCUACUCUGGCUUGUUAUAUCUGCAACGGGUACUAUGGACCGAGCUUUGAAGAACCUGUUUGUGCUACUUGUCAUGCAUUCUUGUUUCCCGAUGAAAUUGGAAUUCGACCAGUUCCAGUAUUCAGUGAGAAAACCGACGACGAAGAUUCGGGCAACGAUGAGCCAACAGAUUUAUUCUACAACCCUGAGCGUCGAGUAAGUCAGCCCCAACGAGCGCGCUCCGAAGCCCACUCAAGCUCUGACAACCAGGAGAAAGCUCUCCUGAAGGUUUCAAUAGACCCGGAGAUCUUCAACCACUUGCACGGUCCGGGACCUUCUAACCGAGUUUUCGAAGCGAUAAAAUUGUACCGCUCAGAAGACGCUUCGACCUCGAAUGACCCGAACUCUCUGGACCUCUCAGCGUUGUCUCUGCACAAUAUAAUCGACGCGAUAAAGCCCCGAACUCUUGCAGAGCGAGUAGAAGUGCUGAGCAACCAUCGUCACCAUGAACACGAGCCAAUAAACGAGCCAGGCCUAGUUGAGCGACUUCCUCCAGAAGUACUUCUUGCAGUUUUUUCUCACCUAGAUGACGUGAGUCUUUGGUCAGCUGCAAAUGUCUGCCGUCGAUGGAACGGACUGCUGUUGACCCACGUUCCUCCUCAGCAAUGGCAGCAACAUGUAAAACAUCGCUGGCCUCUUUACAAGGCCAUUGGACAUGUUGAGAACUGGUACAAAGUCUACGACCGGUUGGCCUCGUCAAUGCCCUGCAGAACUUGUCUGGCUCAGAUGUGUCUGCGUUCGAAGCCCGCUACUAUGGAGGAAAACUCCUGGAGAAGGAACAGACUCCGCAUGGAGUUGAAAAGUUUGAGGAUCGACCCGCCAGAAGGUAUCGAGGCUACUCCUUUAGAUGCCAUUUAUCCAAUGUGUCCACCGGUAGUAAGAUUCCUGACAAAGAUUCUCCACCCGAACGUAUCAAGGCACGGAGACGUCGGUAUCGACUCAAUCCAACACAACUGGUCGCUGGCUCUUACGAUAUCUAAAGUGUUGAUAAGCGUCCAGAGCUUGCUCACAGAUCCUUACUGUCAGGUUUGCAUGGAGCCGGAGCUCGGUGAUAUGUAUACUAAUGACCGUGAGAGAUUUGAAGAGGUAGCAAGAGCCUGGACCUGGAAAUACGCUAUGCAUGAUGUGGUAACGCCUCAUUAA